AUGAACUCAACCGGCAAUUAUUGUCGACUGUUUUUUCUUUUGGUGAAGAUAUCAUACCUGAGCGCCGCCACAGACAUACCGCACGCACGUAUUGGUCGCUACCCGUACUUGAAUGACACCGAUUGCGGUAAAACCCGUGAAUCUCCACUAUUUAGUGACCAAUGUUUCAAAUUUCACAAAACGUUUGACGCGAGCGCCGGCAGUGUUAUAAACGGUCGUUUUGCCCGCAAAGGAGAUCUCAAUUUUUUGGCUUAUCUUAAGUUUCAAUUCAAACUAUUGGCUACAAAAAGGGCUAAAUAUAUAACCAAAUUUUGUUCGGGAGUCAUAAUUAGUCAACAAUGGAUUAUGACGUCCGCCCACUGCAUAUAUUGCGAUGCCACCCAGUUUAAUUGUCCGGCAUAUGUUUAUGCCUAUCUGGGCUAUGAAUCGGGUGAUGCUAUUGCCAACGACACGGGCAAACCUGACGCCCGGCCCUACAUAGUACGCGAACAGUACGGGUUUCCGGCCUAUAUUUUUGGCUACGACAUCGGCAGAUAUGAUAUAGGAUUGUUACGGCUGAGAAAAUCUAUUGAUUUCGGUGAUCGCCAACUGGUCAAUUCGGUUUGUAUGCCCGAACGAGAUAUAUACGAAACUGGCGAUGAGCUGGCAAUGACCAGCGGUUGGGGACCGAUAUCUCCAAACGGUACAAAUCCCGAUACGGGACAUAUCAUGGGUUUUAUGCGUAUUGUUUUCAACUCGACACUAUACCAGCAGCCAAAUUGGACAGACGCUGAACUCUGGUCAGUAAUAACUACGAAAAGAUUUAGCCAAACGGGAACUGAUGUCUGUGAGGGUGAUUCAGGUGGACCAUUAGUACAGUAUGUUAACGGAAGGGCUGUCCUAUUGGGCGUAUUUUCGGGUUUUAAUAAAUUUUUAGAUGUUUUGUGCGGUACUACUGAUCCCGAAUUGAAUACCUAUUGGGCACGAGUUUCCUAUUAUACCGAUUGGAUUGUCGAAACUAUUGUCAAUAGUACGACCAAAAAGCCUUAUUAA